AUGUCGAAUCAAAUUUCGUCACAGCCACAAAACCCACCCAACCGCAAACAGGAUAUGGAAAACUGCGAUGGCGAAAAUCGGGGAAAACUACUUGGCUGAGCGGGUGAUAAAAACACGGAUAUAAACCGAUGUUGACAUGUGCCAGGCACAAGGACCACGGGUGGUAGUGGGUUGGAGAAAUCGAUGAACAAUUCCGGAUUUCGCAAACCCACUUGUUGCCAAUACAAUCGAUUCAGCUUGUCGCAAAUCAUUCGAGCUGUCUCAAGGGUUAAAGCGAGUAAGGCGAAUUGGAAACCAGAGGAAGGAAUUGGUUUUUUAUCAGGGUAG